AUGGGAAAUCAUUUAGAGAAACCUGAAGAAAUUUUGAAAGGCAUCGAAACUUCACAUUUUGCAAAGAAAUUAAGAAGGGCAAUUAUCAAAGACAAUCAUCAUGUUUGCCAAAAAAAAAAUCGAGAAAUCCUGGAUAAUCGAAUCCAUUUAAAAAUCAUUGAAGACUUGAUGCAUUCGUACUAUCGAUAUAUCUGGAAUAGUAACUUUUCUUCUCCUGUGGAACAAAUGUUGCAAAGUGGUGCGAAUGUACUUGACCUUGGAUGCGGAUUUGGGCAAUGGCUCAUUGAUCUUGGUAAAGAAUAUCCGGGGUGCGAUUAUGUGGGAAUCGAUUAUGAAGAAAAUUUUCAAAGUCAAUUUAACGUUCCAAAAAAUGUAAAGUUUCUCAAGCACAACUUUCUUCUUAAUGGCAUUCCGUAUAAGGAUAAUACAUUCGAUUUCAUUCAUAUGAAGAUCAUUAUGAAAUAUUUUACGGAAGCUGAAUGGAAAACCCUUAUGGUGCCAGAAAUUUUUCGAGUUUGCAAGCCCGGUGGUUGGAUUGAAAUCAUGGAUUCAGAUUAUGAAGUUUUUAACAUUGGACCUAAAACGAGAAAUUACCACCAAGCGCGUAAGAUCGAUUUAUAUGAAAUUAUCAACGAAAUAUCAACUAAUUUGAAUCAAUUGCAAGACAUCAUGAAUGAAUCUCAAGAACUUGGCUUUACAAUUAUUAAAGAAAAGAUAAGCGCAUGGUACCCAAUUCAGCAUCAAAAUUCCGAUGAGACUUUUGAAAUCGCAUCCGAAGUCCUGAAUUCCAUAUACCCAUUCAUGUCAUCAAAUACCAAAAUCAAUCGUGCAGAUUAUAAGACAUUAUCGGAGCAAAUUAUUAAAGAAAUUGCUGUUAAUAAAUCAUACAGUAAAACGUACAGGAUGAUAACGCAGAAGCAAUGA